GUAACCCGGAAGUGCCGCGAGCUCGGGGAAGCUAUGGCGGAGUACGAGAGUGUCCAGCGCGGCGCGCUGCGGCUCAAGGCGAGUGGCGAGGCCCCGGCAGCGGCCCGGCGGAAGAAGAGGAAGGAUAAGGACAAGGACAAGAGCAAGAUCCGGGACCAAACCGUGAGCAGCAAGAAGCAGGAGGAGGAGAAGAGGCGCGGCCUGGACAAGCGCACGCCCGCGCAGCUCGCUUAUGAGAAGAUGCAGGAGAAGAGGCAAAUGGAAAGAAUCCUGAAGAAGGCUUCCAAGACCCACAAACAAAGAGUUGAGGAUUUUAACAGACACUUGGAUACUCUGACUGAACACUAUGACAUCCCCAAAGUCAGCUGGACUAAAUGAAUGGCUUUUCUUACUCAGUUCUGGAUUAUGAGAAGCAUUUCUAUUAGGAGGAUAUGCUUUGCAUAAAUCUCUGUGAUCUCUGCAUUGGAUAUUUAAUUCAUUUUUU